AUGGGCGGUGUUUUUGUCAGCGGCAGAAUUGGUGGCUGUGAUAAGCUGAGUGAUGAGGUCGGCCAGAGGUGGUUAGGUCUGGUCACCACUGGUGUCACGGCGUGGAGGCAUGGCGGCAGCCUACUGGGCUUCUUCACAUCUCGUUUGGGCCUUGUGCUAAUUGAAGAAGCUUGCUGGGCUGUAAUCAUCGGUUGGGCCUGUUGGCCCGUAUCACAAGCCUACUCCGAGCUAACCUUUCAAAACUACGCCCGGGUAAGCCAAGACGCCUUGCAAGUCACCCCGGACACCAGCAACAACAACGCCGCAUUCGACCUCCGCAACCAAUCCGGCAGGGUCAUGCUCAGCCAGCCCUUUAAACUCUGGGAUGGUGAUUCCGUAGCCUCCUUCGACACCUCAUUUCUCCUCAACAUGUUCCCUAUCAACGGCACUUCCGGCGAAGGCUUAGCCUUCUUAAUCGCCCCCACCAUCGCUGUCCCCGAUAAUAGCUACGGCUAGUACCUCGGGCUCAUAAACCAAACCCUUGACAACGAAGCAUCAGACGUCUUAGCUAUCGAGCUCGACACCGUCAAACAACCCUACGAUAUUGAUAAUAAUCACAUCGGCCUCAAUAUCAAUUCCAUCGUAUCUGUCGUUUCCACACCGUUGACUCCCUUAAACAUCACUCUUGCUUCCAAAACGCCGUCGUUUCACAACGUCUGGAUUCGGUACAACGGAAAUGAAAAGGUCAUACGUGUUUACAUCGCAGAACAGCCGGGAAAAACCUCACCCACGCCUCCCAUGCCGCAAACUCCGGUCAUUGAACAUCCGGUAAAUCUUAGAAAAGCAGUUAGCAGCGAAUCCUACAUCGGAUUCGCGGCAUCCACCGGAACCUUAGUGGAGCUAAACUGUGUGUUGAAAUGGAACAUCACAGUUAAGCACAUCAUCAGUACCGGCUCUAAAAGUCCGUUAUCAAUGAUCUUGAUCGCCAUUGGGGUUCAGCUGGUGUUGGCGCUGGUGGCGUUAGCGGGUUAUUUUUGCUACCGGUUGUAUAAGAAGUGGUUGGUGGACCGGUCGCAGUCGAAUAUAUUGAGCCGGCUCAGGACGCUGCCCGGAAUGCCGAAGUAGUUCCGGUUACGGGAGUUAAAGAAAGCGAUGAAUAAUUUUAAUGAGAGGAGGAAGCUCGGGCAGGGCGGAUACGGUGUCGUUUACCAUGGUGUUUUGCCGGGGAAUAAUGUUGAGGUGGCUGUCAAGUGGUUUUCGCGGGAGAGUUUGAAGGGGGAAGAUGACUUUUUGGCAGAGCUUACGAUUAUUAAUCGUUUACGGCAUAAACAUCUUGUUCGUUUACUCGGGUGGUGUCACAGGAAUAGAAAGCUCCUGUUGGUGUAUGAGUAUAUGCAAAAAGGUAGUCUUCACAUGCACCUGUUCAAUGUAACCGGCGAACCGCUGAGUUGGACCUUCCAUUACAAGAUUCUUGCAUGUGUCGGCUCCGCCCUACACUACCUCCACUACGAAUAUGACCAAAAAGUCGUUCACCGUGACAUCAAGGCGAGCAACAUAAUGCUCGAUUCCGAUUUCAACGCUCGUCUAGGUGACUUUGGUCUUGCCCGUGCCCUAGACAAAGAGAAAACAAGUUAUGCAGAGGCCGAGGGCGUGCUUGGAACCGUUGGUUACAUAGCCCCAGAAUGCUUCCUCACCGGAAAAGCCACUCAACAUUCUGAUAUUUAUGCGUUCGGCGCAUUACUAAUCGAGGUUGUUUCUAGUCAACGCCCCAGGACAAAAGUCAACGGUUUUCAGUUUAUUGUGGACUACAUAUGGUCAUUGUAUCGGGAAGGUCGUAUCUUAGAAGCUGUUGAUAAACGCCUUGCAGAUGAUUAUGACACGGAGGAAGCCACAAGGUUCUUGAUGUUAGGGCUAGCUUGCUCGCACCCGAUAGCUGAUGAGAGGCCGAAAACACAUACCAUUGUGCAAAUGCUAGCGGGGUCCGUGGCCAUACCACAUGUUCCACCUUUCAAACCAGCUUUUGUGUGGCCCGCAAUGAUGCCAAUUGAUGAUCUUUCCCAAGCUACCUUGAUCAACACAACCCCACAUUCGAUUAGUCAAUACGAGACCAAUUGGGGUCCAUUGAGUAGGCAAAAUUACUCGGGUUACGCGGAUCAAGCAAUGGCUUAGUUUCUUUUGGUUCGACUAUAACCUUUUAGGGUGUAUUCUAUACAG